AUGAACUCUAUCAGCUACAGAUACUCAAGGAUCGAAGAUGACGAGCUAGUCUCGCUUAUGACAAGCCCUUUGCCGUUUUCGGCUACUAGUUCGUCUCUUUCUUCCUUGCAGCCUCUGUCUUUUGGCGAUCCAUUCGAUGACCCAGACAUGGAGCCUCUACCUCUCAGACCGCAAGGUCAAGGUAGUCAAAAUACGCCACUAACACAGUCAAUGAAAUGCGAUUGUCUUGUUCCUUCCUUUAUGGAACUCCUGGACGAAUCAGGCGUUGCAACAUCCAAAAGAAGCUCUCAGGACUGCUUCUCCUACGAUGACGCUGGAUCCUUUCAUGUGAAACGCCAACGAAGGAGCCAAAUACAAAUGGCCAAUGAUGAAAAGAGUACAGCUCGGUUUCGUCCCUAUCAAGAGAAGCAAUGGCGAGCCCAGUUCCGAAAGCUCGUCCAAUACAAGCUUGCACAUGGACACUGCUGUGUUCCUCAUUCUCACCAAGAAGAUCCUAUCCUAGCCCGAUGGGUCAAGAGACAAAAAUACCAAUACAAGAAGUCCAAAGAUAACGAUCCUACCUCUACGAUGACCACUCGUCGGAUCCAAGAGCUUGAGUCUAUUGGCUUCAUAUGGCAAUCGCAUGCUUCCGCAUGGCAAGAGAAGCUCAUUGAGCUCAAGGUCUUCAAGCAAAGAACUGGCCACUGCAACGUCCCUUCUCACCAUCAAGAGAAUCUUGGACUCUCCACUUGGGUAAAAUGUCAACGUCGACAAUACAAGCUCUACAACAGAGGGGCCCCAUCGAGCUUGACAAUGAAACGCUACCUUGUCUUGCAAUCAUUGGGGUUUGUGUUUGAACCUCAACUAUCUAAAUAA